GUCGCGCGUUUGUACGUCUGAAGUUUGAAACUGACGAAGGGACGAAAAAAAUAUUUAUUUAAAAGCUGACGCAAGGGCGCUAAAUACAAACGUACUAUCAAUAAAGUGUUAUUUAAAAUUCGUAUAUUUAUUAAAACAUCUUUAGAGUCAAGGGCUCCUGGUAAAUAAAAGUCUGGUGCAUUUAUUUCAUGAAAAUAAGUGAAGAGCUAGCUGCUAGCAUGCUAACUGCGCAGGUUUAGCAGCCUCGAUGAAAAAAAUUAAAUAUAUUUGUAUUUAACUGAAGAUUUAUUAAACAUUACAGCUGGGUCGAGUCUGUGAAUCACGGUAUUUCGUUUUAAGGGAUGGCACCUCGAUUGCAGCUGGAAAAAGCUGCUUGGCGUUGGGCAGAGACAGUCAAACCUGAGGACAUCACACAUGAACACAUUGAAAUAGCAUAUAGAAUUGCAGUGCCAGCGUGCAAGAGAGGGGCAUGCAGGAGGAACUGUAAAGGGAAUCCAAACUGUCUAGUUGGUAUUGGGGAACAGUCCUGGUUGGGUGAAAUUGAUGAAAAUGCCUUCCACAACAUCGAUGACCCAAAUUCAGAGAGACGAGAUAAGAACACAUUUGUAGGCCUGACGAAUCUUGGGGCGACUUGUUAUGUGAACACUUUCCUCCAGGUGUGGUUCCACAAUCUUGAGCUCCGCAGAGCCCUUUAUAUUUUUCAGAAUUCCAGAGCAGAAGGGCACAACACAGAUUCAAAUUAUGAGCCAAGGACGAUAUGUGAACAUCUACAGUAUCUGUUUGCAUUACUACAGAACAGCAACAGACGAUAUAUCGACCCCUCUGGGCUGGUGAAGGCUCUUGGGCUCGACACAGGGCAACAGCAGGAUGCUCAGGAAUUCUCCAAACUAUUCCUUUCACUUCUAGAGGACACACUAUCAAAGCAGAAAGACCCAAACCUCCAAAAUGUCAUCCAGCAGCAGUUCUGUGGACAGUUUUCAUAUGUUACAGUAUGCAACAAGUGUGGACGUGAGUCUCCACUACCAUCUCGAUUUUAUGAACUGGAACUGAACAUUCAAGGACACAAAAAUCUCACAGAGUGCAUCACAGAGUUUCUGAAGGAGGAAAAGCUAGAUGGUGAUAAUUGUUACUUUUGUGAGAGCUGUCAGAGUAAACAGAAUGCCACACGGCGAAUCAAGCUCCAGAGUCUUCCCCGCACACUCAACUUUCAGCUCAUGCGCUUUGUUUUUGAUAGGCAAAGUGGGCACAAGAAGAAGCUGAACACCUUCAUUAGUUUUCCAGAAGUUCUUGACAUGGGACCGUUUUUGGAAGGAAAAGAGGAGAAGUGCAUGUAUGAGCUCAGUGCAGUGUUGAUUCACCGUGGCGUGAGCGCGUACUCUGGCCACUACAUUGCUCAUGUUAGAGACGCUCAUACCAACGACUGGUACAAAUUCAACGAUGAGGAGAUCGAAAAAAUGGAGGGCAAGAAACUACAGUUGGGCAUUGAGGAAGACAUUGCUGAAACUGCCAAAUCCCAAACCCGAAAGCCAAAAUGUAGCAAAGGCUAUCACUGCUCGAGGAACGCUUAUAUGUUAGUGUACAAACGUCAGACAGAGGAAGGUGAUCAAACGGAAACAACCGUUGAAGUACCAGCUUUUCUACAGCAGCUGGUGGACCAGGACAACAAGAAGUUUGAGGAAUGGUGCAAUGAAAUGGCAGACAUGCGAAAACAGAGCGUUGACAAAGGCAAAGCCAAACAUGAGGAGGUGAAGGAGCUCUACGAAUUGUUACCCGCUGAGGACGACCAGUCUUAUGAGUUUGUGCCUCUGGAAUGGCUGAAGAAAUGGCUUGAUGACUCCACGGCCAUCAAGGAAAUUGACAACAGCCAUUUCCUGUGUUCCCAUGGCAAACUGCACCCAGACAAGAUCGGUGAGACCAAAAGAAUAUCCCUGAAGGCUGCCCAGGUCCUCUUCAACCGUUAUGGAGGAGGUCCCAGACUAGACCGGUCCUCUCUCUGCCGAGAAUGUGUUGCUCAGCGAUGUCGAGUGCUCAGACUGAAAAACCAACUGAAUGAAGAUUACAGAGAGGUCACAAAUCUUUCCAAAGCCUCUUUGAAAAGUGAUGAGUCGGGAUUCUGGAUCGGGAAGGCCUCUCUAAGAAGUUGGAGGCAGUUGGCAUUAGACCAGCUGGAGGAGGAUGAGGAAGAAACCAAACACAAUAACAGCAAAGUUAAUGGAGAGAAAACCAACAGCCCAGCAGCUAAAGCAGAUGGAGGUAAAGGAGAUAAGGAAGAAGGGGAUGGUGAAGAGAUGAAAAAUUUUAAUGAAGACAUUCUCUGUCAUCACGGUGGUUUGAGUAUACUCGAGUCUGAAAGGCGCCUGGUUUCUACUGAAGUGUGGAAUAAACUGCGAAUGUAUUUCCCCAGAGCUCCAGAGUUCACACACCACCACGAGCCCUGUCAACAGUGCAUGAGGUUGGAAAGAGAAGGUAAAGAGAAUGAGGCUCUGAACAGAAUGAUGGCCAGUGAGCAGAGGAGCUCACUGCUAAACCUCUUCCAGGAGAAGAACCGGCCCACACUGCAGAAAUGGCCACAGGACACAGAAGUUCUGUACAUUGUGCCACUUUACUUCGUGGAUGAAUGGAGGAAAUUUAUCAGGAGGCCAGCAAAGAGCAACCCAGUGUCCAGUGUAGGGAACAGUAUCCUGCUUUGUCCUCAUGGAGGCUUCAUGUUCACUUAUGACUCCAUGCUGCAUGGUGAUGCCCAACAUAUAGCUCUUCUCUGGCCUGCUGAAUGGGAUUUGAUCAGCAGAAUGUUUCUUGUGGACCAGGCCAUCUCCAUAUGUAGGAUUCAUGACAGAACUCAAGACAAUGGCAAUGUGCAAUACAAGACUCAGCCAGAUUUGUGUCGAGAAUGCAGAGAGGGCUUCAUAUUCCAGCAACAGAGGGAUAUGCGGGAGUAUGCACAGGCCACGGUUUACAUUAGAAAAGUCAUUGACAAGAAAACGAUGAUUAAGGAAUCUGCCCCUGAGUUCAGUGUGAGUGGGUCAGAUGUUGAGGAUGAAAGAGACGAGCCAAAGAUUGAUGGAGAGAAAGAUCCAGACUUCAGUGAGUCUGAGGUUGGAGCCAAACGUCAGAAGCUGGAUGAGACCGUCUAUCUAUCCACGGCCGUGAUGACGGUCUCCGCCAAGUCAAGCAUCAGAAGAAGCACAAGGCACAGGAAACUGCGUGGGGAGAAAGCCCUCAUUGUCUCUGCCAACCAGACACUCAAAGAGCUAAAGAUCCAGAUUAUGCAUGCAUUCUCUGUUGCUCCGUUUGACCAAAACCUGUCCAUAGAAGGACGCUGUUUAACGGACGACUCUGCCACUCUAGGAAGUCUCGGAGUCAUCCCAGAAAGCAUCAUAUGCCUUAAGGCUGAUGAACCAAUUGCUGAUUAUGCUGCAAUGGAUGAUGUUUAUCAAGUCUGUAUGCCUGAGGAAGGAUUUAAAGGCACUGGGCUGUUAGGACACUGAGGGAAGCUCCAAAUUUGAAACAAUGCUGAUAAUGUCAGAGCAAGGAUAAAGCUUGAAUUAGUCAUAGAUGUUCAUUGUUGGGAUGAAGUUGCCAUUUUUUGUUCAUUUUAUUGUUUUUUGUUUUUGAAUGUUGCAACAACUUCAAAAGUGUCUUUUUGCUAUAAAACAUCGUGCUGGCUUUUAAUAUUGAAAGAUGUUGAUGAGUUCUGCAAGAUUUUGUGGUCAUACCUACCAUGACUGUGAAAAUACGGGUCGAGAUUUCUUCAAAGGACGUUCCAUUUCGAUGGAAUUCCUUGUUGUUUUGUUGCAAUGUCAUGUUCAGAGAUUAUGGUCUGAUCAGAUUGUUUGUGUUGAACAGUAAAUCUCUGUAAAUCUUGAGACUUUUUUUGUUGAAAAGAAGCUUGUGAUGGCACUGCAAUAGAGCUCGUACAUAUUUAAGAAUGCAUGAGCAACAUAAAUAUUUAAAAAUUUUAUUUGUUUGGCUUGUGUAAAUAACCUUGCCAAAAUACAGCAGUAUAGAGAACUCUAAAAAGAUAUGGAUCAAUAGAAAACGCUUCCAAAAGUGGGAAAUAUUACUAUGUUCCUAAGUAGUUUAGACAUGUUCUGCUACUUGAAAUCUUAAGCAGGCAGUUGUGUGAACUUUUCUGUAUGUUCUUUCAUAUGGGCAAUAAAUAUUCUUUUUACAUCUUCA